GGCAUUUUUGUUUAAAUCAGAAAUUGAUAAAAGGCGGAAGGCAAGUUAAUUUUUUUUUAUUUUGCUGCGUCUCAACAUAAAAAAGGAGAAUAUGAAUGGUUUUGAGGUUACUGGUUCGAUUACUCGAGUACAAUCAAAGACGUAUUUUUUCGAGAAUGGAUCGAAUGUUGUCACGUUUUCUGAAGCCGAUAGUUCAACAACCAAUGAAAAAAGCGAUGGAAAAUAUUGCUUACAAAGAUUAAACACACAAGAUAGUAUCACGCUUGACGAGAGUCCAUUUGUGUCUGAAAUCUUUGUUAAACACCCCGACGAAAAUAAUCACAGCGGUGCCCCUUUUGGGGGGUUUCUCUCCUCGGGUUACCGGAGUGAUGGGACAUUUCUUCACGCAUUCUGCACCCCUAGAAAAGACGGUAUCUUAGCAAAGGACCUAGUCGUCAAAGAGAAAGAUAUCUUAGUAUGUGUGAACGGAAAAAUGACUCUAGGAUCAUUCGAAUACGAUCAUGAGGGUGUUCUGGAACUCUUUUGGACAUUACCAUUGUCAACGACAAUAUCAAUGGUGAAAUACAACCGAAAAUCGGACACGUUUACAACCAUGGAAUUUUUGCUCGAAUGGACAAAAGAAGAUAUCAUUGUCAAGGAAAACUCCGUAAAGCUAAUGGCCCAGCCACCUACCGUAGAAGCAUUGCUUUUUCGAAGAGACUUCACAUCUUUGGCUUAUCAAAACGGAAAAUUGACUCUCUGUAAAUCUGCCAACGUCAUGUCGGACUGUGCACAUCAUUUUAUAGUGAGAAAAACUUUAGAUGAAGGACUCUACAUGGUGUACACAUUUCAAGUUCAGAAAGAUAGAUCAAAAUUUCUGGGCAUUAAUGGAACAAAGUUGGUUAUCGUUGACGAAACAAACGACGCAGACAUUAAAAAAUUUCGAAGAGAGGAGAUUAACAAGGACGUUUAUUUAAAACCAUAUGGAAAAGACGAUAUGUAUGUGUAUUACAACAAAAAGGAGCAAGUUUUUGAGCUUGUACCUCGAAUGAAAGUUCUGGAGAAUGAGGGAUUUGGAUGGUAUAUUUUGUCUACACUAUGCCAGCCAUAAUACAUCUCUACUUUUGCAAAGGCAAUAUUGUUCAUUUCACGAAAAACGAUCUUGGACAAAACAUGAUGUAUACUUCGAUUGUGUAAAUGCGUCUAAGAAUACUUCGAACCAGUUCACUGAAGUUUAUGUACAUCAGCAUUAAAAUAAAUUUCUACAUUCUGUU